AUGGCCUUCCAUCAUCAAGCUGGAGAUACUAGAUUCACUGCAGAAUGGAACGCUGCCAAGGACCAGGCACUCUGGGAUAUCCUCUCGCGUCCAGCCAAAGGGGAUGACAUAGACUGUGAGGCAUUCCUAGCAGAUAGUUUCGAUGUCACGCUUCAGUUCCUCCUUCAGCAGGCAGCAUGGCUUUAUGACCGGCAGCUAUCGCAAGUCCGCGCUCAAAUGCGCAAAGUGGGCACUACGCACUCUACCUCCCCAUCUCCGGCUCCUGGUUCCAUGACCGGGAGCGCAGCUCUAGGAGGCCAACAGCCCAAAGGCAUUUCCGGUGCUGCUCAAGGUCAACGUGCACCCUCUCGUCUUGUCUCACAGCCAAAGGAUACCUUGCCGCAGCGGGGUCCACGCCGUACGAGUUCGACAACCACCAUUAGCCAACUAAAGGGUCAAAAAGAAAUGUCUCGAAACGAAACGCCACCAGCUGACACUAAAGACACUAAAUGGGAGGGAUAUGGCCGACGCCCUUCGAUAAACAGAAAGGAGCAAGCUGUGCAGGCUUUGCUACAAAGAUCUCCUACGCUUGAGGAAGAAGACCUCUCAAGUUCGGAGUCGGAGUCUGAUUCUGAUGGCGAUGUUAUGCUCAGCAGGAUGGGACCACGGUUUAAGCGCUUUGGCAAACUCUCGACUCAUCGGCCCGGUCUGAGAGAUGACGAAGAAGACGAAGAUGAAUCUCCCGCCUUCCUGCCUUUGGCUCGUGAGUCGGAAGAGGCUCGACGUGAGCCCUCCCGACAAGACCUGAACGCCACGCUUCGUUUGGAAGCAGAGCAUGCCGCGGCCCAGCGGAGGCGCUUGUCGGAACAAGAGAGCAUUACAAGAAAGCCAAUCACAGCAGAGUCAUCAACAAGCUCUGUUAGCUCUGGGCCGACUGUUCCUUUACGGCAAGGGGACAGUCGUCGGGUCUUACAUCAAUCAGGUGGAGGAGUUUUCGGCCCCCAAAGGACGGCCGAACCGGCCCGAUCAAGUCCUAGGAGAUCGAUUGCUUCGGGGAAGGAUGCUAGCGAUACACCUAGCAUGGGAAGUAGUUUCAGUGAUCUCGACGAUGCCAGCGUCACACAGUCAGCACUUGAAGAGGCUCUAAUGAGUAACAUGCAACACGGAGGAAUGGCAAGCCGCAUGAGUACUAUCAGUCAAGCGCUACGAAGCCGCUAUCUGUAG